UCAUUGGUUUUGAUUUACUUUUAUUUGUGAGUUGAACUAUAUUCUGUUAUUUUUAUCUUGAAAAAUGUUGAAAUUACUAAGACUAACUAAGGUUAUAAAAAAUGCUAAGACCCAUUUCUCAAUUAGAGGAACGUCGUCAAAUCCCGUUGUGACGAUAGAAGAAGGCCAGCUCCGAGGGAGAGAAGUCACUGCAACAUCUUUUCAAAAGAAAAAAUAUUUUGCAUUUCAAGGAAUUCCUUAUGCUCAGCCGCCUGUUGGGAAACUACGCUUUAAUGACCCCGAGCCAGUAAAACCAUGGACCGGAGUGCGAGACGCGCUCAAGGAAGCUCCAAUGUGUCCUCAGAACCACAUCUUGCUGCAUUUGGUAUUGGGCGAGGAGGACAACUGUUUGGCAUUAAACGUCUUCACUCCUCGACUACCCAAAAGCGCAGAUGAGCCGCUGAUGCCGGCCAUGGUGUGGAUCCACGGUGGCGGCUUCACCUUCGGCAGUGGCAACACCGACGUUCACGACCCAGACUACUGGAUGGCACAAGACGUCGUCAUCGUUACUUGCAACUACAGGGUCGGCGUGUUGGGGUUCCUGUCGCUGGGUAUCCCAGAAGCUUCUGGUAACGCAGGGCUGAAGGACCAAGUCAUGGUGUUGAAGUGGGUACAACGGAACAUCGCUCAGUUUGGAGGAGACCCGAAAAAGGUGACCAUGUUUGGUGAAAGCGCGGGAUCGGCCUCAGUACAUUACCACCUGCUGUCUCCAAUGUCUAGAGAUUUGAUUCACGGAGGAAUUCUACAGUCUGGGUCCAGUCUUUGCACUUGGGCUCAUAGUUUCAAAGCACUGGAAAAUUCUUUUGAUAUCGGCAAGAGGUUGGGUAUGUCUACAUCUGAUCCACACAAACUCUUAGAGUUUCUGCGAGGUCUUCCGGCCCUGGAAAUGGUCAAGAUACAAUAUGACGUUAUGACUGAACAGGAUAAGCUGGACAUGCGAAUGUUCCCGUUUGUGCCGUCUGUAGAGGUGGCAGGCGGGGAAGGACAGCGGUUCUUGACGGAGCAUCCUCGGGCCAUAAUGCAGCGGGGGGACAUCGCCCCCGUACCCGUCAUCAGCGGAGCUAACAGCAAGGAGGGAAUGCUCAUCAUGAACGAGGUUAACUUCACAGACGACUUUUUCAAGUUGGUCGACCAAAAUUUCAACAACAUUGUCCCAUGGGACCUCGGCCUGCCUCAAUGGGCUCCGGACAAACUUAGGAAACACUUCUACGGCGACAAACCGAUCAACUGGGACACUCUUGAUGAAACUUUGGACUUCUACGGGGACAUUUUCUUCUACUUGGGAAUAGACGAGGCAGUUCGUUAUCACGUUGUUAGUGCCAAAUCACCCAUCUUCUGCUACCAUCUGACCUACGAAGGAGGUCAAGGACUUUUAACACAGCAUCUCCGCCAGAAGUAUCCUCAGGCGAAGCUCAAAGGGGUUAGCCAUGCAGACGAUUGGGGCUACAUGUUCAAGUGUACUUUGCCUGACACACCGAAGAUAAGCCCGGGAAGUACGGACGAAAAAAUGACCUCGACAAUAACUGGAAUUUGGAGACAUUUUGCUGAGACAGGUAACCCAAACAAGGAAGGCCUAGAAGUGAAGUGGGAGCCUGCAGUAGCGGAAGGUUCCAGUUGGAAGAAUUACUUGGAGAUCAACAAUCCAUUGGCGAUGAAGAACACUCGCAUGGAAAAAACACGGAUGGAACUCUGGGACACUUUGUUGUGGGCGGACACACAGAAACGUCCUGGCUCUAGCUAAGUUUUUGUCAAUUUUUGUUCAUUAAUUGCUACGUUAAAUGUUUUACAGUUGCGAGACUUUGUUUCUGUUUUUAAGUCAGAUGUCUUCGAAGACAAUCUGUAUUGUUACCUAUGUUUAAGACAUAAAAAUAACAAUCAACUUUAAAAUUUUAUGAAAAUGAAAAUAAAAACAAAUAUUUAGAAA